CGAGGAAGAGGAAGGGACGCCGCCGCCGACGGAGAGGAAACCCUCCACCCGGGCAUCCGACGGCGCUCGUUUCACCACAUCCGCGCCUUCGCUGGCCGCGCUCAGGGGCGCCUGUCACCGGCCACCUCCAUUUUGAAAGGGAAAAAGGCUCUCCCCCCUCCCCCUCCCCUCAGGAUCCGUAGCCCGAGGAGCCGCGUCCAUGGCGUUCAGCCCGUGGCAGAUCCUGUCCCCGGUGCAGUGGGCGAAAUGGACGUGGUCUGCAGUGCGUGGCGGGGCCGCCGAAGACGACGAGGCCGGAGGGCCCGAGCGAGACCCCGAGGAGGAGGACUCGCAAGCCGAGACCAAAUCCUUGAGUUUCAGCUCGGAUUCUGAAGGUAAUUUUGAGACACCUGAAGCCGAAACACCCAUCAGAUCGCCACCGAUCAAGGGACCCUGUGCUUCAUCACUGGGAUUGACAGAGCCUAGGACCAAAGCCCAAGAAUCACAAGAAGAUGAUGAACAGCUGGUAGCAGAAGUGGCUGAAAAAUUUUCAUCCAAGACAUGCCCUAAACCCUCAGAAAAUGGGGCACUACAAACAGCCCUUGUUUCUCACCCAGUCAAGGAUUUCAAAGAAGAACCUGAACAUGAUAGUAGCAAAGUUUCCAUAGUGAAGCCAUUUUCAGUAGAAACCAAGGAUUCUGCAGAUGUCCCCAAGGCUUUUGGGACAAAUACGUCUCAUGGCUUUGUAACUGCAAUCUUGGAGGGGCCUCUGCCCUCUGGUAUACCAGAAGCCACCUGGGACAAGGCAAUGACAGAUGGCAACAUGGGAGCUACACUUGAGGCCGCCACAGAAGCUGAUCUAAAGACUGGAAUCUCCGGUUCAGAGCCAGCCCCCACCAGAAGCAAGCUAAGAAAGCCGAAGCCUGUCUUCCUGAGAAAGAAAAUGAAUAGUGCAGAGGUCUCUGAAACUGAAGCUGUGCUGGAGGGCACCUCUCUCCCCAAAGCAUCCUAUCCAGUCAGUGUGGAUGAAAUGGACGGGAACACAAAUUCUUUGCCCGGAGACGCCAGGAUCCAGAAAUCUCCCACGGAAGCAAAAGAGACUUCAGUCACUCUCAGCAAUGACACUAAUGAAUCAGGGGUUGAGUUGCCAGAAGAGUCUAGAGGCUCCCCUCUGAAACUGGAGUUUGAUUUCACAGAAGAUGUGGACAAAUUAGAGACCAAGAAAGCCCUUCCAAGGAAACUGGGCCGGAAGCUGGGUAACAAACUGACUCCCAAGACACAGAAAGAUGGUGUCGGUAAACCAGUAGGUGCCAAAGGUGGAGACCAGCCUUCAGAGCCCAAAGCAGAAGAUCCUCCUGCCCCCCACGCAUCGUCUAAGCUGGAGCCUCGCCAGUGGGAUGACCCCAAUUUUAAUCCCUUUGAAGGCCGCUCUCUGCAAGACUCCCCACCCCUUUCCUCCCAGGGCUCCUAUCACUUUGAUCCAGAUAACUUUGAUGAGUCCAUGGAUCCCUUUAAACCAACUACAACAUUAACAAGCGACGACUUUUGUUCUUCCACUGGUAAUCAUGUUAAUGAAAUCUUAGAAUCACCCAAGAAGGCAAAGUCGCGUUUAAUAACGACUACUGAACAAGUGAAAUUUCUCUGUUUUCUGUUGAGUGGCUGUAAGGUGAAGAAAGGUGAAACUCAGUCUCUUGCUCUGGAUUCAUGUUCUCAGGACGAAGGAGCAGCGCUCUCCCAGAUUUCCGACAUUUCCAAUAGGGAUGGCCAUGCUACUGAUGAAGAGAAGCUGGCGUCCACCUCUUCUAGUCAGAAGCCAGCCCGGCCCGAGGUGAAAGGUGAGCCAGAGGAAGACCUGGAGUACUUUGAAUGUUCCAAUGUUCCUGUGUCUACCAUAAAUCAUGCGUUUUCAUCCUCAGAAGCAGGCUUAGAGAAAGAACUGGGCCAGAAGAUGGAGAAGGAUGACUCUGCCGUGCCUGGCCUGGUGGAGACCUCCGAGGAGAAGGCCCCUGUGUCUGUGGCCUGCGGUGGAGAGAGCCCUCUGGAUGGCAUCUGCCUCAGUGAAGCUGAGAAGACAGCUGUGCUCACCUUGAUAAGAGAAGAGAUAAUCACAAAAGAGGUUGAAGCCAAUGAAUGGAAGAAAAAAUACGAAGAGACCCGACAGGAAGUCCUGGAGAUGAGGAAAAUUGUGGCUGAAUAUGAAAAGACCAUUGCCCAAAUGAUUGAGGAUGAACAGAGGACCAAUAUGACCUCUCAGAAGAGCCUCCAGCAACUGACCAUGGAGAAGGAGCAGGCCUUGGCAGACCUUAACUCCGUGGAAAGGUCCCUUUCGGAUCUCUUCAGGAGAUACGAGAACCUGAAGGGCGUCUUGGAAGGGUUCAAGAAGAAUGAAGAAGCCUUGAAAAAAUGUGCUCAGGACUACUUGGCCCGAGUUAAACAAGAGGAACAGCGCUAUCAGGCCCUGAAAGUCCACGCCGAGGAGAGACUCGACAAAGCCAAUGAAGAGAUUGCUCAGGUUCGAACAAAAGCAAAAGCGGAGAGUGCAGCCCUCCACGCAGGACUCCGAAAAGAGCAGAUGAAGGUGGAGUCCUUGGAAAGGGCCCUGCAGCAGAAGAACCAAGAGAUUGAAGAAUUGACAAAAAUCUGCGAUGAGCUGAUUGCAAAGCUGGGAAAGACCGACUGAGUUUCCCGUCGGUCCAGCAGAUAGAUCUGCGUUCGGCUGCCUCCCUCUGACCACAGGGAUCUUGCCUUAUCCAGGAAUAAUGCCCCUCGCAGAGAAGACGAAAUGACAAACACAAGCACAUGCCUCCCCGCUGCCCGCCUGCUCUGCUGCCGCCAUGUGGCAGCCGCCUGUGCAGCCAGCAGAGAGGGCCGGACAGCCUCCCGCUCUCUGGGAAGGCUCCGCACAGGGCUGCUGCUUGAGUUAGGGUUUGCGGUUUCUCCGCCAUUGCCUGUUUUACAGUCUUUCAUUUUCCGAGUGUGUUAAGAUUUGCUAUUUUGUGAUGAGUCUUUAAGGUUAUCUCUUUUCCACACCAUCCAAGGCUUCUUAUUUUAUGUGACCUGUUAUUUUAAGCUUCCGAAUUUCGUUGUCAACAUUGGUGGUUUGUUGGAGGUGGUAACGUGGCCUGGGGUUGGCGCUAGGCUGUAACAAGAAGGCACACAUUUAUGCACACGUUUAUACGUUCGGCUUGUCCUUUCUCUGACACUAAGAUGAAGAAAAGGCCCUGUUUGGAAACAGGCCUGCCUCAGAAUUGCCAGCUUAAGCAUGGGGGGACACUGAAGGCAUAAAGACCUCAGGCUUGUGUCUUUCCUGCUCACAAUGGCUCAGGCGCAUGUCUCGCCCAUGUCUGGGAGGACUUUUCUGGCAUAGUGUUUGCCCUCCUACAGGGGGCCUUCAAAAAGCUCAUGGAAAAUGGAAUUAAAAGGUGACACUUUCCCACAAGCAUUUUACACGCUUUAAAGCCCCCUCGCCCCAAGGUGCUCUCAGCAUCGAUGGGUGUGGCCCUUUGGGGAUGAGUCCUCUGCUGAAAGUAGGGUGUGCUUUCUGCAGGGACAAACACUGAGACACCAUGAAGCCCAGGGGUUGGCCUGUCCGUCUCAGGCCAGGGCUACCCUCUGCUUUGAUUGGUUGAGGCAGAAAUCAGUAUUUCACCUUUAUUAUUAUUCUGUCUGAAAUAUACAAAGAAAAUCUGCUUGACAGAAGUUUCGGUGAUUUUGUUUAAUUCAAAGGUCACUGUCAGCCCAUCAGCAGUUACAAGGUAAAGAAAUAGUUGUCGCUAUUUUUCUUUUCUUACACACAUAAGGUGAGUUGCUCUGCAAACAUUCUUUAAAAGGAAUGUGGGGGGAGGGUGGGGAAUCCUUUGUAACUUAAAAUAGAGGGAUUUUUUUAAACAAAACAGUCAGUCAAAAUCAUGAGAAAUACUCCAGGAAUCAGUUGGUUUUAAGUACCUUUAAGCAAAGGCCACUUGAAUUCUGGGAGAGGGGAGCAGAAGGCAGAAGGUCUUGUGUGUAACAAAAGCAAGUCCAUAAUGAUGGGGACGUGGGGCAGCUUUCCAUGUAAUAAUUCCCUUACCUCGGAUAAGCAAACCCAAAUCCAUACAGAUAUUUAGAAGCACUCUUCUGUCUUAAUGGUACACCCUGAAGCUCUUCACGGGGUGGGGAUAUGCGCUACAGUCAGUAGUAUGAGUACGUUUUCUGACUUUUCUUGUACAACUAUUGCAUGAUCCAACUUCAGCCAAGAGUUGUGCCUGGUAGAUAACCUCUGUCAACCUCUCAAAGUGACUCUUUCCUUAUUGUGCUAUUCGUGUGUGGGGGUAGGUGUCUCUUCAAGACAGAAGUUAUGCUUGGCCAAUAUGCAGUCAUCAUAAUUGGUGCUUAGGCUGUAUUUCCAGGCCUAUCAUCUUAACAUUUUGUAUACAGGGGUAAGAAAAAAAGAACAACAGAAAUUAUCUUGGGUUGGAGAAGUGACUUGACAAUCAUUUGGGCUCUGAGAGCAGGUACAGUGGUGGCUGACUAUGCAUGCUACCCUGACGUCGAAUCAGACACAGUACAUCUGGUUGGUAGAAAAGAUGUCCUCAAUAAGCUUUGCAUCCCGUGGAAAGAAACCUAGCUAAACCUGUUUUUACUCCUGUGUUUAGAUGGCAUGUCACGUUUACUUGUUUUACUUGAUCUGUUUUAAGCAUAAAAGACUUUUCGUGUCUCCCUCAUAAAUCCAUAGUCAUCUUCUAUUUUGUUCCCAAUAGUUUGUUGUUGUUUUUAAAGACUGUGUGUCAGAGAAGUGGCUCUGUGUUACAAGGUGACGACAAUCCUUUCCUAACAGAUGGAAGAGAACCUUCACUGAAAAGGAAUACAAGGGAUCCUUGAUAAGAAUACUUGCUACUGGGCCUCUGAGUCCCGACCAUGACAUAUGCUUAGGUGGCUUCAGGCCAACAAGAAUGAACAUGUAGCUGUGACAGGUGGCACAUCAGGAAACUAUGCUGAGCAGACUGAAUUUUGUUUGUUUUUCUUUAAAAAUAAGCAAAAAAACAAACAAACCUGUUUUGGAGCUCUAGAGAGUGAGACUCUAGCCCCGCGUUUGUUUUUGAAACCCAUGAGCACCAAAUGCCUGGUUAGUCAAGCAAUAGUAACCGUGCCAUAACCGAGCAGAGGGGAACCAUCAGGAAGCCGCUGCCUUGGGAAGUGGUUCCGGUCCUAGGUGAUGCUGCUGAGGCCUCUCCGGCGGGCUUGGCUUUGCCAGAUGGAGCCAGACUCUCGCGAACUGCCUACUGAAGGCCUGGUGUAUUCAUCUGGUGGGCGAGGUGUAGGCAGUUCCAGCCAGACCUGCAGAGGUUUACUUUCUUCCGGGAAGCUCAUUUGUUCUGUGAAACCCUUCUGGAACUAUUGAACAGUUUUCUCACAUGACCUCUCGCUUCUUCAGAAGCAGCCAAGUUAGGAAGUGCAGCAGCUGGCAGGGGGUAGGUGGCGUCCCAGAAGGGUAUGGAAGCUAAGGGAAGGCUCACAUUUCAUUGUGGAGGCUAGCUCACACGUUUAAUGUUCUUUCCUGCCCCGUACCCUUUAUGCCUAUCCCAGGCGCUGUACAGCUCCCGCAGAGAUACCUAGAAAGCCCUCAGUUCGCUAUGACUGGGGAGUAUCCCCUGGCUCACCCCUAACAGCAGCCCGUCUUUAAAAGGUAGCAGAGGCCUCAAGGGCGGCCACGAACCCAAAAUGAAGUUUUAAAGGGCAAGCAGAGAAAUAGCCGCGUGGCAAGCCAAAGGUCUAAGAAGGUGUCUACUUCAAAGAUUUUAAUAAAGAAGAGUGUUUUAAGGGGACUUCUGUUCUACAAGGGUUUGAUUGGUUUGUUGUUCUUAACUGCCAUUCAACCCUUGCUUGAGUCUCCCGUGUAGCAGAAGGGUCAAGGAACUGCUCUAGCAAACUCUUCUCUUGAAAGAUCUCUGGAAGCCAGCAUCCCUGGCAAUGCUCUCUGUGAAGACCCACGUCCUGGCGCCAGAGCGCGUCCUGGAGGCCUCCCAAAGAGUGCGCUUUCCACCGUUCCUGUGCCUCUUGGCAUGCAGUUAGGUUUGGACGAACAAAGAUUCCUAAGGAAUGACUUCAUUAACUAUAAUAAUGGCUAUAGCUAUUAUAUAUGUGUGUGUCUGUUCUGGUUAUAGUUCUUAUGUGGAGAUGUUGCCUGUCAUGCUGGCCUGAGGCAGUCUGUAUACCACCUUAGCUCUGGGAAGAAAGCCGGACUUGGAGCUAAGGGGCGGCCGAACCCUUCCUGUAUCUCCUGUUUCUAGCUCUGCAGAUGCCACUCCGCCCCCACCUCCACUUUUUACUGGCAUCCAAACUCAACUCCAAAAAAAUAGUGUUUCCAAGUCAUACUGCUAACCAAUACUCUGUACAUUUCAGGCGGUCUUACAAAAAAAUGUGAACCCACAGUCCAGGGACAGGGCAGCCUGUCAGUCACCACACCCACAGCUUCAGCCUCGCGCCUUCACAUCAAACUGGGCUGGGAUCCAGGCAUUUCUUUUGAAUCUCAGAGGCAGCAGUAAACUUAUCCAUGUUGCUGGUAACAAGUGUGUGUGUGCGCGUGUGUGUGCACGCACCACUAGAUGUCCCUCAUGUGUACUAACGUGCCAAUGAGUACCGUGAAUUGCACACCUGCUUCCCCUGCGACCCUUGAGUGCCAUGCGGUGUGUGAGGAGCCCCCAGGCCCCAGGAACAGGCUCCGUGUUGACUGCUGCUAUUGGGACUGUUGUGUAGAAAAAAAUCAUCUGCAUAAAUUUUAUAUGCACAGUAAUUUCCCUUUUUAUAUGUCAGGUAAAUAUUUGUAAAAGUUACACUCACACAAAUGAAAUUAUUAUAAUGAUUACUAAUAUAUUUUUUCCAUGUUUCAUUGCCUGAAUAAAAACUGUUUACCACUGUUA